CCCGGGUAAGGCACCCCAAACCCCGGACAAGGCACCCCAAACCCCGGCCAAGGCACCCCAAACACCGGGCAAGGCACCCCAAACCCCUGGUAAGGUACCCCCAGGCCCUGGGAAUGCGCCCCUCUCCCAUGACAAUGCGGCCCUAAAAGCACGGGGAAGACAUCCCGUACCAUGGGGAGGUACAUCCACCUCAACGCGCCCCAGAUCCCCGGGAACUCGCCCUUAAUACCCCGGGUAAGCUAUCUCGUUUUCCUGGGAAGGCACCCUCAUCCCCUGGGAAUGCAUCCCCAGACCCCCGGAGGACCUCAGAAUGGACCCCAGGAGGCUCCAGCCCCUCAGCGCAGCCCCUGCCCACCCCCGGUACAGCAAACUGUCAGGCAACAAGAAGAGGGUUUCCUUCUCCCCGUCCCCAAGCCCUCAUUCCCAUCUGGAGGAGGGCUGGGACUCCCAGCUAUCCCUAGAGCCUCCUGCUGCUUUCCCAUCGGGAUGCAGCUCGAACGGGCAGAUCAGCCCUGGUUCCUGGUGCCCUCCGCACUCCUCCCUGUGGGUGUGUGUGAAGUGUAAGAUCCUCUCUCCAUCACUCUCACUGUUGGGUAGCAGAUGCCCAGAUUAUGAAAUCACCCAAGGGCGGUCACCAUGUGUGGGAGGCUCUUGCCCAGGAAGCUGCUCCCACCUCUGCCCUCCCCUCUCCUCCCGCACCCGGCUGUCCUGGGAGCGAUUUCUCCCCGUUCUGGCUCAGCACUGCCUUCCCCACAGGUGUGAGGUGCGGCCGGGCCCCGAGUUCCUGACCCGAUCCUACCUGUUCUACACCAACCGGCUCUUCAAGGCUCUCCAGUUCUACUACUGGGACCCGUCCUGCCGCGACCCCUCCUACUCGCUGGUCAUCAAGGGCAAGCUCCGGCUGCGCCAGGCCUCCUGGAUCACCCGCGGGGCCACCGAGGCCGACUACCACCUCCACAAAGUGGGCAUCGUGUUCCACAGCCAGAAGGCCAUGCGGGAGGUGGCCUCGUGGAUCAACCAGACCUCUGGCGAGGGCUGCCGCGGGUUCCUGCCCCCGGGGCGCUCCUGGGCGCCCGGAGCCCUGUACGAGGUGCUGAGCGCCAGGACGGAGCGCGACUGCACCGCGGCCCUGGGCUUCGCCAUGCACGAGCUGAGCCUGGUGCGUGUGGAGAGGCACUUCCAGCCCCUGCAGCAGCCGCAGCAGAGCGGGAGCCGGCUGGUGGAGGAGCUGUACCUGGGGGACAUCCACACGGACUGGGGGGAGAGGCUGCACUACCGCCCCACUGGCUACCAGCGCCCCAUGCAGAACGCCCUGCACCACGUGCAUCCUUGCCCGGCGUGUGGGAUUAUCUCCAGGGCCGAUGAGCACCAUCCCCCGAUCCUGCCCGCCAGAGCCGCGCUGCCCAUGCAGCUCAGCGGCAGCUGGGUCAGCACCCACUGCGAGGUCCGGCCGGCCGUGCUCUUCCUCACCAGGUACUUCACAUUCCACGGCAACAACCAGACCUGGGAAGGGCAUUACUAUCACUACUCCGACCCGCUCUGCAGGCAGCCCACGUUCACCAUCUACGCCUCCGGGCACUACACGCAGGGCAUCCCCUCCUCCAAGGUGCGGGGCGGCACCGAGCUGGCUUUUAAAGUCACCCAGGCUCGGGUGACACCGCUGGACCAGCUGACCGUGGUGAUGCUCAACUCCUCGGAACCGGGCAGCUGUGGCUUAGCGGGCUCCUGGAGCGCCGGGGUGGAGCAGGAUAUAACACCCACGAACGGAUGUUUGGCUCUGGGCAUCAAGCUGCCCCACACCGAGUAUGAACUGUUCAAAACGGAGCGGGACACGCAGGAGCGCAGCCUCCUCUACAUCGGGGAGCGGCCCACGGACGGCUCCAGCCCCGACAGCCCCGACAAGCGACCCACGUCCUACCAGGCCCCUCUGAUCCAGUGUGCUGCAGCCUCAGAGGAGUUCUCCAACUACAUUAGUCUGAAAUACGUGGGAAGAAAGGAUGCUAAUGGGAUCAAAGCACUAAAACCUUUGCCUGUGGCCUUUUUAUUGUUUAUAGCACUUCUGUUUUUAAGAUGGGACUAGUUAUCUCUUCAGGUACAGUGCAGAAUUCAGAUAAAUCUUGGUGCUAGCGUGAUUUUUAUAUCCUUCAAAUGAGCACAUCUGGAAUCAGUUUUACUCAGAUUUGGAAACACUUUUUAAAAACACCCAAUAGUGAAUGAAGCCAAGGAGAUAUGCCUGACUCCACACUGUUUGUCCUGUGGCUUUAUUGCCUAAUCUCCCCUCUUUGCGUGCAAAUUUAAUGUACUGACACGGAUGCACUGCACAUUGCAACAGAUAAUUUAGCAACAUGAAGGGGGAAAAAAGUGACAUCAAUUAAAAUUGCUGCUUUGAGCUUUUGACAUUGCUAAGAUUUAAUCAAGAGCUUGAUUCAGAUGUAAUUCAAACAUCCAAAGUGUUGGCUGCUGAGUUUCUUUGAGGUUAAGUUCCCUCCCAUCACACUCCUUUUUGCUGUUCAUGCAAAUUUAAUCUGCAGAGUCAGUCAGCAAUAAACAGUCAAGUGUUCUUGAGAAGGGCACGGUUCACAUGCCUCUUGCAGUUUACAGAUAUUUUCUGCACUUUGCCUGUGUAUGUCACACACAGGGACCCACAAACAAUAUUUGCACUUCGAGAUGCCCAGAACAGCCCUCGCAGAGGGCUCAUCUUUUCCACCUGACCCUGGGCAUAGAUUACAGUCAAUGGAAAACACUUCUGUGCACAACAGCUCCAAGCCUCAGCAUUCCCUGGCUGCAGCACUGCAUCCCUGCUGUGUUACCCCAGCUCUCCAGUGCAGUGCUGGCCUGGCUGUGAGACAUCAGCAGUGUCCCCGUCUCACUGCUGCCGUGCCCAGCACAGGCACCAUCACCAUGCACCUUGGGAAGGGAAAGACCCCUCACCAGCCAUGUAUUUUCACUGCCUUUUUUUCAGUUUCUGGCACAGCAGUUGUUAAUCCAGCUCUCCUCUCUAAGUGUCACUUCCAGCCUCAUUCCUGUACAGAUGUUUAAUAAAUCUGCCUCUGGUGAACAAUGAGCUGAAGAGAUGCUCAGAUCAGACAGCACAGUCAGGUCAAACUGAUUCCUCCUGACAAGCAGGACAAACUAUGAAAUUAUAUUCCCUGUCUGCUGCAGCUAAGCAUCAUAUAACUUCCUCGAGAAGCCCUUCUCCAGCAGCUAAAUCCUCUCCAAAUAAGCCUAUAUAUCUUACCCACAAAAGAUAUUUUGUUAAAGCAGCUAUGCAAUAGCCACCUUCUUAAUGCUGUAUUUACGAACUUGCAGCUUGUACUUAGAUAAAUUAUGGGGUUUAUAACACAAAAAUACGUUGGGGGGAUCUGUACAUUAAUAAUUCAAAUGAGAUGCUUAUUAAAUGCAUUACAGUUGUGACAUCAAUGUUGUCAGCAUGUUCACAUGUUCCAGGCAUGAUCCAAUAUUAGUCAUGCACAUAAACAGCUCUACCUAAGGGUGAUACACGAAAGGGCCAGGCUUGGCUGCCUUGCCUUGGGUUCUCUCCCUAAUCCCUGGAGACUUCAGCAGGCAAAUCUUAUUUCCAGUCUUGUUGGUUGUGCUUUGUUCCCUGCUGCUGCAUGGAGAUCCAUGGCUCAGAGAAGGUGGUGUCUCCUUGGGGAUGUUUCCAUUAGGAUGCUGUGAACUGGGGCAAGUCCUGGGCAGCUCAGCUGCACCUCCUGUAAACCACGCACUGGCUGAACUUUUCCUUCAGGAGUUUCCCAUCACUGUGCUCACCACAGCCCAGGAAAGGCUCCAGUGGCUCCCAUCAGCACAGGUACCCAUUCUGCAGGACACAGAUGCCCAUGGCAGGAACAGGGAACAGCCUUGUGCUGCCUUUGGAACAUGGGUAGAGGAGGGACAAGGCAAUGUAAGGGAAUUCCUGCCCUACAUUUACCCCCAUGAAUCAGGUUUGUGUACAGAUACUUUCUUUCAUUUACGCACCAUGGAAAUGAAUUAAACUCAACAAGUGUCCA